UCCGUCGGCCGAGGUGGACAGCGCAGCCAUUUCUCUGCCCCUCACGAAAAACAUUCAGAGGGAGGUGGCGUUUGUCCAUCACGCACAUAACUGACCUGAUGUGCGGGAGUCAUGACUUUGGCGGCACGUACCCACGGCUGAACUGAUCGCCGAAUGAGAUCCGCGAUCUCCAAACUUUCUCCCAAUUUAAGCCUGCGCAGACAAAACAGGCUCGCGCUCUCUGUCUCUCGCUCUCUCUCUCCGUUUUGGAUGACACAGAAAAACUGUUUGUGUGUCAGCCAUGGAGGGAAACCUUCAAGGAGGCAGCAGCGACGUCGCAAUAAUGCACGUGAAAACUGAAGCGGUCGAUGAGAAUACAUCUGCGCUGGUUUUGGGCAGUCAGGAGUCGCCUGCGCCCUGCGGAGAUACCGCAUGCAGAGGAGGAGGAGGAGGAGUGGAUCAGACUGCAGAGGAGCUGGCUGACACACAGCUGCAAGCAGCCACGACAACCACUCCUGUACUGCUGUAUCCUGUGAGUACAGACCGCUUCUUCACCACAUCAGGGGAUGCAAAAACUUACCUGAAGAUAGCUCCAGCUUCAGCGAUGCCACCUGCUCCUUCAGAGAAGACGCUUCCCUCUGGCUCCGAUUUCUCCUCCAAAGCUGUGUUGUGUCUGAUCGAGGCCGUUGGGCGCCGCUGGGGCCUGUAUGAGACUCGGGAACGCUCACAGCUCUUCCAGAGUGUCCAGGAGGAGAUGGCCUCCAAGGGCCACGUGCUUCCUGUCGAAAAGAUCCGCCGAAAGUGGAACAACCUCAUUGUCACAUACAAGAGGGUUAAAGACCGCAGCCGGGAGACAGGACACGCUAAAACGUCCUGGGAGUUCUUUGAUUUGAUGGACGCCACACUGUGUGACACUGUUGGAACUCAGAUCACCAGCAACAAAAGAAACAAAGGCGGCAACACUGGUUCUACGCUGCCUGGUCCUUUGGCUAAGAUCGCUGCAAAACCACAGGUUCCACAGCCCACCACCAUCAUCCGCCCUAAGGGGGACUUUGCUUCGACUGGUGCUGUGGAGUCAGCGGGUCAGGGGGUCAUCAGCAGUCAAAUCAUCGGUAGCACUGCUGCCAUCACCUCAAUGACCACAGCGACCGUUAGCCCAACAAAUGCUCCAGAGCUCAAGCCCCUGAUCGUCCUCAACAGUGACAUUGUUACAGCCGGUAUUCAUCCAGCCACUAUCGUGCCAUCUUCAUCUUUUAUCUCCUCGCCUUGUUUUACAGAGACAGCUUCCACAUCCCCUUCCCUUGACUCGCCUAGUAACACAGAAUUCAACACAUCACGCUACGUAAGCCGAAAAGCUCCAUUAUUCUCAUCAGGUGUCAUACCCUUUCGCCUCAGCAAUGCGCCACUUAGCAACAGUCAGAAUCUCCUCGGCAUCUCCUCCUCUUUCCCCCCUACUUCCUCCUCUCUCGCUUCUUCCAUUUCCACCUCAUUAUCUGCAACAGCCAUGUCGGGAACUGAAGGACAGACCCAGAAAGGAAACGAGGAGCAAACGAGCACCGCUUUGUUUCCGGAGGUUCUUAAGCGACAGGAGGAGCAAGCCCACCUGGAUCGGGUGGCUCGCCGCAGGGUGGAAGCCAGAGAGAAGAGGCGCGAGAGGAGGGAGGUACGGAUGGCGGAGUCCCUCGGCAGGAUAGCCACAGCCCUGGAGCUGCUCUCCUCCAAACAGGACACAGUCAUUGCCCUCCUGCAGAGACUGGCUGAUCGGAAGUGAUGCAGGGGCUGCAUGUAGCAGCCCAGCCGGAGCUCCAUAGUGCUGCUGAAAAGGGUUUUACCUCCCUGAAUGUCAUGUAAAUAAACAUUUAUAAAUUCCCAUGAACCGCUCACUUUUCUAAAUGAAGCUUAAGUGAAAUAAUAAUAUGCAUUACAGUUUACUGCACUAACUUUCAAUAAAAUCAUUCUCCUUGAA